AUGGACGGUAAUUUUCCCUCAUUCUCGGCAGACAAGGUCAGUUUCACUGUUGCUCUCACCGUUUAUCAGUCACUAUCCACGAACCCUACAACCCAACAGUCCCUCAAUUAUUGAUUCGUGGAUUGUGAAUGGAGGCAGUAGUUACUUAAAUAGCAUUCCCUCCACUAACCUCUUGUUUUCCUGUUGGGUUGCAGACAACCAUGUCUGGCGAACUUCCGCCGAGUGAAAAUGGACGCAAGUGGAGGAAUCCUAAAACACCACAUGACCCAAUCACCUGGGUGAUGGGCGAUAUGCCAGAGUGGGCAUCCCCGUCGAAAAGGUUAUCAGUUAUCUACAGAUUUUCUGCUAUAGGAAUUCGAGGGCGAGGCAACGGAUUCUAGUGCCACCUGUACGCGGGUAAGCUUCCAUUUUCCUUAUGCGACCUUUCUAGGCAUUAGUCGCCCAUUUAGUACGCCUAGGCGCACAGGACGCUCAUCUGCUCAUGGGCAGCAGCGUUGUAAACGACGAGGCAUGAGAUGGCUUUUGGAGUCGCAAGCAGUACUGCUGCACCAGAUCGCUCAGUUACGUAAUCAAAAGGUAACAGUGAUGGAUCUGUUUCAAGGCCUCCGGGGUUCCUCCACCUGUACAUCUGCAGUCUCCGGACCAUUGUUAACGCAGAUGGAGACCCUGGAUGAGCUGGACGUCCUCGUUAGUGUCCUCGGCGAUAAUUCAUAUCGCCAACAACUGGUAUGUUAUGUGACGAAACUGUACACAACUGUUCUAGAUGAUGUACUUGUCUACUCUUGGCGGGGACACGGUUGUGUCUUUCGUCGAUAGAAUUUUCGGGGCGCUGUUCUCCGAAAGAAUAACCUGUUAUGUAACCUUCUAUGGUCGCCGACAGGGGAUGAAGCCGUCCUUCGGAACGCAUCUUUAUAAUUUGGCUCUAGGUAAGAUCUGCGAUAUCUGUAAACUUAUGAAAUUUAUUACAGAGGUCUUCAACAACUGGAAUCGAGAACAGCGCUCUGAACGUCACCAGUUGGAAAGGGCACUAAGAACGCCUUUAAACGGACAUACGAUGGCUUACUUAAACGGAGUAUUAAAUCCAACACAAAUUGCGAGUCUAUUCAUAAUAUGACCUAUAAGGUACAUGUAGCAUACAUAUUCUCAAAGUAAUCGAAUAUGCAAACUUUUUAAAACUUGCAAAGUUCACAUAUGGAUAUGGAAACUAACAGUAAAAAUUCAGUCAUUGCAAACAAUACACUUGAGCAAUAACUUUCUAGUGUCUUUUUCGUCUACUUGGUUAGUGCUUAAUGCUCGUACAUAUUUUGUUUGCGGAUUCGCAACAUGGAGAUGGCGAGACUGGGCUGUCAACGCAGCAAUAAACUGCACUUUUGCACAUUGCACAUGUUUUACAUUUUAAGUAAAUUUUUCACAUUUUCCAAGGGGACAACCUUUCUUGCUUUACUUAAAUGCUGUCAGCUAUAAAUAAACUGGGUGGUAAAGCAAAACCAGGGUGGUGGGGUGGGGGUCGCUGGUAGCGAAUAUAAGUAGGCCGCCGUUCGGAUGAAAAUUUGAGUUACGAAAUGUCGGAGCCCAUUCACUUGACGAACGUAUAUCCGAUUCGGAUCCGGCUAAUCGAAACUGACGCUUCGGUCCGCCUCCGACUCGGAUCUGAUUCGUGACUCACUGCUAUUAGGGAACGUCCAGUGAAAUAAGGGUUAGGCUUUAGGUUAGGGUUGGGUUAAGGAUUAGGUGUAAGGCUACACCUAAAUUAAAGUCCAACUUCAGUUAAAGGUUAGUCCGAAUCAAGCUUAGGGCUAAGGUAGGAACUACUGUUGACUGCCGAGUUAUGGUGAGGACAGGGUUAGGACACGGGAAUAUUUUGCGCUUUCCGGGAUUAUGCGCAGGUCCAUCCUUAUUACUCACGGGGGGGGUACCUAUGUGCACGUCCUGCUUAGGAGGUCACAUAGGUCAGUUCCACCCCCAAUAGAGCAUAUGAUUCUCGUUCUUCGGAAUGCGUAAUGUUUAGACAAGACGAUGGUACAGCCUGGCGACCUGUUUACCGCAAGAAUACGUGUAAAAAUCAAUAUUUACGUUUUAGGAGCUUUGAUUGACACAACUCUUCUUGUAUUGUUAGCCCUCCCCUUCCCUUUCGUCAUUUUAGGUUGUCAGUUCCACUGA